AUGGCAGGGGCCACGCUUUGGUGUUCGCUGCUGCUGGCGGCAGCGUUCACAGGGUGGACGACAGCCCUGUGGCCCUGGCCGCAGUUUUUCCAGGCCUCGGACCAGCAGUUCACCAUACAGCCAACCAGCUUCAAUUUCCAGUAUCACGCUCUUUCCGCUGCUCAGCCGGGCUGCUCAAUCCUCGACCAGGCUUUCCAGCGCUACCGUCGCCUGCUCUUCAACACCAAACCAUGGCCUAGACCCUAUUUAAUGGGAGAAAAGCACAACCAGAAUGAAAAAAACACAUUGAUUAUCCUUGUGGUCACUCCUGGAUGCAACCAGUUCCCUACUUUGGAAUCAUUGGAAAAUUACACACUGACCAUCAAUGAAGAGCACUUUCUUCUCAUCGCUGAGACUGUCUGGGGAGCUCUCCGAGGCUUGGAGACUUUCAGCCAGCUUAUCUGGACAUCUGCUAAUGGCACUUUUUUUGUCAACAAGACGGACAUUGUGGACUUCCCUCGCUUCCCUCACCGGGGUUUGCUGUUGGAUACAUCUCGCCAUUAUCUGCCACUGUCUAUGAUCCUGGAUACUCUGGAUGUCAUGGCAUACAAUAAAUUCAACGUGUUCCACUGGCAUCUGGUAGAUGAUCCUUCCUUUCCAUAUGAGAGCAUCGCUUUUCCUGAGCUUUCCAGAAUGGGUGCCUACAAUCCUGCCACCCACAUCUACACAGUUCAGGAUGUGAAGGAAGUGAUUGAAUACGCACGGCUUCGAGGCAUCCGUGUGGUGCCAGAGUUUGACACCCCAGGCCACACUUUGUCCUGGGGAGCCGGUGUCCCUGGAUUGUUAACUCCUUGCUACUCUGGAUCCCAGCCCUCUGGCACCUAUGGACCAGUAAACCCCAUUCUUAACAGUACCUAUGAGUUCAUGACUGCAUUCUUCUUGGAGAUCAGCACUGUUUUUCCAGAUUUUUAUCUUCACCUUGGAGGAGAUGAGGUUGAUUUCUCCUGCUGGAAAUCCAAUCCAGAUAUCCAGAGAUUUAUGAAGAAUAAAGGCUUUGGUGACGACUUUAGGCAGCUCGAGUCUCUCUACAUCCAAAUGCUGCUGAACAUCGUUUCUACCUAUGGCAAGGGCUACAUGGUGUGGCAGGAGGUGUUUGAUAACAAAGUCAAGAUUCAGUCAGACACGGUCGUAGAAGUAUGGCGAGAAGUGACCCCAGUAAACUAUAUGAAGGAGCUACAACGGAUCACAAAUGCUGGCUUCCGGGCGCUGCUCUCCGCCCCCUGGUACCUGAACCGCAUAACGUAUGGCCUUGACUGGAAGGAGUCCUACAUGGUGGAGCCCCUGGCGUUUGACGGUAGUGAAGAGCAGAAGGCUUUGGUAAUUGGUGGAGAGGCCUGCAUGUGGGGCGAGUACGUGGACAGCACAAACCUGGUCCCCAGGCUCUGGCCCAGAGCAGGUGCUGUUGCUGAGAGACUGUGGAGCAGCAAGCAAGUGACCAACUUGGAAUUUGCCUUCAGGCGCUUGACAGACUUCCGGUGCAAGCUGCUGAGGCGUGGUGUCCAGGCCCAACCCAUCAAUGUAGGCUACUGUGAACAGGAGUUUGGACAGACUUGA